AAACGCACAACGCACACACGGAUGUGAUGUUCUCAUCAUCUAACAUUUCGACCUGUUUCCGGCAGUUGUAAAAUUUUCCUACGCAAGUCCACGCAAAAUCACCUCAUUUUCUAGGUUUCCCGUGUCUUCGUCUCCUUUUAUUUACUCGUCACAAUGCCGAAAGGUAGAGGAGGAAAGUUUGUUAACCACAAAGGGAAACAUCGUUCAUUCACUAAUCCUGAUGAAUUAGAAGAACAGCGCAAACGUGAAGAAAAGGAACGGCAGUGGAGGGCUGAGCGAGGAGAAGUUACUUCAAGUGAAGAGGAGGAAGAUGACGAAAAGAAGGGCUCUGACGAAAGUGAUUCAGAAGAAGAAUCAUCAUCAGAAGAAGAAGAAGAGGGAAAGGCGAAGGGAGUGGAAGGUUUAAUUCAAGUUGAAAAUCCUAAUAGAGUUCAAACUAAAGCAAAGAAGUUAUCAACUCUAAAUACAGAACUAGCCAACACUGCCAGCACAAGCACUAAACCAGAACUCUCAAGAAGAGAAAGGCAAGAAUUAGAAAAGCAAAGAGCUGCAGCAAAUUAUCAACGUCUUCACGCCAAAGGAAAAACAGAAGAAGCUCGAGCUGAUCUCGCAAGGCUUGCAAUUAUCAAGGCUCAGAGAGAGGAGGCAGCAAAGAAACGUGCCGAAGAUGCUAAAAUUAAGGAGGUUGAAGCUCAGAAAAAGAAACAAGCAACUCAAAAGGCUCUUGGCAAAAAAGUUUGAAUUGUCAAAGAACUCAUAAAAUGUCUGUCAGAAUGUUCUUUGUUUGCCAUUGUGUUUCCUUCCAAUGUCGAGAUCCAUGCAACCUCUGAGUAUGUGACUUUGGUUUCUGACUAUUGUAAAAUUUUGUUGCUCAUGGCUGCUCUCUGUGGGACUCAAUAUUUUGUUUUGGAAUACCUGAUACUGAUAAUUAAUACUGAAGAACUGUUUCUACUGGCUUUUGUCUAUUUUUUCUACUCCUGUAAUUUUCUAAUGUGUAUAGCAUUCCAUCUCUAAGUUUUCAAUUUUGUACGUGGGCUUACAGAUUUAAAUUUGUUGUAGUACAUAUGAAGUAUAAUUGAUUUUAGUAACGACCCCUGUGCAGGUAGAAUCUUUUGGUAUGAUCUGUUGAUUAGUAAUAUACCUAGCCACAUCAACAAUGAAAUUCUUGGGCACCUUACUGAAUUUUUAAUGAAUUUUUUUUUUAAAUCUAGUCAGUUUGUGGAUUAAGACAUUUCAUCACUAUGUGUUUACUUCAAUGUAUACCACUUAGUGGUCCUUCUUGUAAAAGGAUAUUUACACUCAUUGUACUUUAUACUUGUGCCUAACUGAAAAAAUCUAGUUUGCACCACUUACACAUUACUGGGUAGAGAUGAUAUUGGGCUGAUAUUCCUAUUGGACAAGAAAAAACAAAUAAAUUUAGCUUCUUGUUGUUCUGCUGCAAUGCUGUGAUUUCUGUUGUUUUAACUGCACAUCAGUUUCACUGAUGUAAUUUUGUUUUGAAGUGUUGUGUAAUUUAAAUUUAUUUGUAUGUACAGCGCCUCUUGUCUGCUUCUGGUUCAGAGCUGAAGCAAACAAUUUUUAAUGAAAUUCAGGUUUAUAUUCCUUUUGUAGAAAUUAUAGAAUAGGUAAAUAAAUCAGGAGAUUACAGCACA